AUGCAAUUUCUUAUGCACUUAACAUGUAUGACUGCAGCAUUCCAUUAUCAUUACAUGAAAAUAUACAAAGGAGGAGAUAAAAUAUCAUCCUCAGUCGUGAAAAAAUCGCCUCACAUCCUCUUAGCGCCCAUAAAUCUUUUAAAGACGUCAGACCGAAAAGAAUAUGCCGGGAAAGAAAAAAUGAAAAAUUCAAAUAACGCAACUGAUAAUAAAGUUGAAUGA